AUGGGCUCGGGACCCUCUGAUCUAAGCUUUCCUGAAGAGUCUGUCAUGCCGAGUAUACAAAAAAGAUACCAGCGACCCUCGUUUGCAGAUCAUGAUCCAUAUCUAGACUCAAGAGGUUUGGCGACAGAAAUUAUUCGUCACUUACGAUUUGAGCUCAUCUCAAUGCCAAUCCGUCGAAACGGCUUGACGAUUAACGACGAUGACCUUUCUUCAAACCUGCGGCAAAUCCUUGAACGCUUUUGUGCAGAGAUCCAAGGCACCGACCAACAAGAUACCCGGCCUCCGCGGUCGAUCCAGAACCAUCUGCAUCAGAAAGUACAUUCCAUGAUCCUGGAAGAAAUACCAUUCCUUAUCGAGUCGUUAGUCUCUAUUCUCCAUGGGAAAUUUGAUUCAUUCACUGUUGAGACUCUUCAUGUAAGUAGAGCAAGUGCUGGAGAUAAAGGAAAAACGAAGGUCUCACUCUUUGCUGCUUGGGACUUCUUGAGCGGUGGAAAGGCUUUCGGGCGACUGAAAUUCCGUACACGUAGGGUUUUGAAGCGCGAUAUCAUGGAGAUCAUCAGCCACGAGGUGUUACUCAGUCUAUCAUCGAGACUUUCGAGGCGAGAAACUGCGACUUUCCACGUGCGCUGGGAACUCUUUGACCAUAUCUCGUAUGAGCAAGAUGGGUCAACAGACAUCAGCCAGAUUUUGACUGUAACCGGAGAUGGUCGAAAUGCUUAUGCUUCGCGCUGCGCGGACUAUCUAAAAUGGCUAUGGGGGGAUUCGAAGUACGACAUCUGUAGCCAUAUUCAGCAAUUUUUGGAGGAGAAGAGUUACAAACAUCCUGACGCAACCCUCAAGAUUAAUCACUAUACGGAAGGCGACAGCCAUAUCACGGUCAUUGUUCACGGUGAGAAGGAAACAAUCACUGAAGUUGCCCAACAACUUACGUGGGUUACUGCCGCAUUCCGCUCUCAUCCAGAAGGUGUAAAUUUGUCGGAUGUCGAUUUCAUCAUCACCAAUGGAAUGCAAUUUUACAUCGAGGCAGGGACUCUUACGGGAGUGUCGAAUGUCACCCCCACAUCAGAUACUUGUUGGCAUCGACUUGUUCGAGAUGCUGCCAUUGCCCAUGGAUUUCCAAUUCCGCCCAGGUGUGGUCAAGUUGGGCUUGAACUACCCUAUGCCGCGAUGCUAAAAUUCAGUCAGGUGUCGACUCUGCUAGUUGCAAACAAGCGUCUUGCAUUCUAUGGCUUUUCUUCCUUCCUGUUUCCAAUGGACCAAUGUUCCGAAAAUGAUGAUUCUAUCCAACGUUUGACUCAAUGGCACUUUGAAAGGAGCGAUGAUACGGAGCAAUGCUUUGACUGCGCGGACUAUCUCGCUGAGUCGAAAUGUAUCUGGACGAAUGAUGUGCAUGAGUCCACCUUGGCAACAUCGCGACAUUUUGUUGGGUAUUGCAGAAUUUCCGAAUUCCGUCUAGCCACGUCGACCUCCAACUUUCUAAACCUCCAGGAGACACCUAUGCCCGAUGCUUCUACCACAGUAGGGGCAAGGAUUGAGAACGUGACGGCGGGUACAGGGGGCCUGGGCUUUGGCACCCUCGAGCUUGAAAGCAACAUCAGAUAUGCCCACAGCAUCGUCAAUGCCGUCGCGGCAGACGAGUAUCUUGGUACUAUGGAUACAUUAGAGAGGAUGUCUAUGAUCCUAUGGGAUUGUGGGGACGAAUGCGGAUGGCUGGUACCCGCUCAAGCGCUCCUGCUCCACAUGGCUCACGUGUGGGUCAGCUCGAAGGGAAUAACUGCCACCUUCCGGCAUGCAAGCCAGGGCCCUGGCUAUCUACAGGAGGUUGACAAGAUUCUCAGAGAAGAUCGCAAGAAGGUCCUUCGGAAGGAGGGUCGAGACGACGACUCUGAUUUCGAGUUGAGACACUUGAUCAUGAGAAUUUGGAACGACAUCAGGGGCUGUAUGUUGGCACAACAAAGCGCACUACGUGAUGAUAAAGGCGUUAUAGGUUACCAAGCUGGGGGGAUAUCUGGAUGGGAAGUCACGGAUUUCCUAACGCGUCCUCCACUCGAAUUCUCUAUGAAGCAAGAUAAGCGCGGUCCAUCAGACAAAGGCUGGAAGGGUCUAGCUGUGGAGAAAAACAUACCAGUGCUGUUUUGCAAAGAUGCAGGAGAGGUGAUUAAAACAACGCCUCGAGGUUAUUUAUGCACCAACUGCAGACUUUCUCUCAAACACCAGAGCUACCUGAUAGCUAGCUUAACAUGCUUGGGGAACAUGGCUCAAAGAUACGGUGGUUUUAAGCCGAAGACGAGGCUGACACCAGAGUGGGGAUGGCAACCGACCGCUGAGUCGGCCCUGUUUCAAGAGCACUGUCAACUCAACGCGGGAUCUAGGUGCAAUGAACGAUUGCAGAAGCUGAUCGCUUUCAAAGAAGAGGAAGAGGGCACAAACUUGAAUCUUCCAGCAAACGGGGUUGUUGUGUUUGGUAGAGCGGGUUCGAAAGCACCAGAUUUAGCUACAACAGCUACUCCUACAACACCUACCACUGUCCCGGUUGGAAAGGGAAAAAUAACAAAGUGGCUGGCUAAGUUGAAAAAGAAAUAG